GGUAUAUGCUUCGACAGCUUGAACAAGAUACUACGAGUCAUACACCGUGCUCGCCAUUAUGAACAGUGAAACAACAUGAUGUUACGGUGUCUUAAAAACUAACAGUAGACAAGUAGCCUACAUCCAGAUAUUUGAAAAAGCCUUGAACCUUUCCAAUUCAGAGUCAGCAGUGAGUUACUUAAAUUGUGUAAAUGGCUAUAUCAUGCUUUUCACAGCCCAUUCUAUUCGUGCUUCUGUCAAUAUCUAUUACAUCUUCUGGUGCCAAGAAACCGAACAUUAUAUUAAUAAUGGCGGAUGAUUUGGGUAUUGGUGAUGUUGGGUGUUUUGGGAAUACGACGAUUAAAACACCAAAUAUCGACAGAUUAGCCAGAGAAGGUGCCAAAUUAACUCACCAUUUAUCAGCAUCAAGUCUAUGCGGGCCUAGUAGAGCAGCUUUUCUUACAGGACGAUAUCCAAUACGCUCAGGAAUGGCUCCCAGAGGUUUCCCACCCGUUUUUAUUUUUGUGGCCUCAUCUGGCGGUUUACCAACAAGUGAAACAACAUUUGCUGAGCUAGCCAAAGCAGCAGGAUAUACAACAGCCUUGAUGGGAAAAUGGCACCAAGGCUGGAGUGAGAGCAGCUUUGGAGACUACGAACAUCACCCAAAUAAUCAAGGGUUCGACUACUUUUAUGGAUUUCCUUUAACGAAUUUAAAAGAUUUUGGCAGUGACACCAGAGAAAGUUUAAUGAAAUCCGUUUUCCCAUACUGGAAUCACCAGCUUAUCACCACAUUCCUCGUCCUGUUCAUCUGCUUCACGUGUCUCUAUAGUACCCGUAUGAUCGGACUAGCUCUGUAUAUCGUUCUAGUUAUUUUCGUAUCUUCGGUACUAUUUACUCUGCAUUAUGCAUACAUAAUUCGUUAUAAAAAUUUCAAUAGUUUGUUGUACAGAAAUAAGGAACUUGUGGAACAACCAAUGGAACUAUCUACAUUAACAAAAAGAUUUGCAGCUGAGGGCGUAGAAUUUUUAGAAAAUCGUCAAAAAGAUGAUAAACCGUUUCUCUUAAUGGUGUCAUGGUCCCAAGUCCACACUUAUUUGAAUACGACAAAAGAGUUUAGAGGCAGGAACAAACAUGGGCGGUACGGUGAUGCAGUGGAAGAGAUGGAUUGGGGAGUUGGUGAAAUUCUUGACACCUUGGAUAGAUUGAAUUUAGUAGACAAUACACUUGUAUAUUUUACAUCUGAUAAUGGAGGUCACCUGGAGGAGAGAAAUGCUGAUGGAGAGGUUCAUGGUGGUUAUAAUGGUAUCUAUAAAGGUGGGAAGGCUCAUGGUGCUGUAGAUGGUGGAAUCAGAGUGCCGACUGUUUUAAGAUAUCCACCAGCUGUAAGACCAGGAACAGUUAUUGAUGAACCUACAAGUUUAAUGGACAUCUUUCCUACCAUAGCCAACAUCAUCCAAACUAAAUUACAACAAAAAUUACAUAUUGAUGGUUAUGAUAUGAUACCUCUUUUAUCAGGCAAGGAAACUGUUUCACCCCACGACUUUAUGUUUCAUUAUUGUGGAGAUGAUAUACACGCCAUCAGAUAUCGUCCUAAACAUGGUAUGGAAGUAUGGAAGUUGGCUAUUAGAUCACCGAAUUAUCUACCUGGAAAACAGGUGUGUCGCUUUUUCUGUAACUGUAGAAACGCAGUUGUGAAUAACCCACCUCUUUUAUACGAUAUGACGUCAGAUCCGUCUGAAUUACGACCACUAGACCUCUCCAGAUAUCCAGAAAUUGUCAACAUUAUGCUAAAAGCAAUGGAUGAUCAUAAAAACUCAAUUAUACCACAGCCAUGUCAAAUGGAUUUAAGCAGAAUAUUGUGGAAGCCCUGGCUUCAGCCGUGUUGUGGUUCAUUUCCCUCUUGUUCCUGUAUUGAUAAAAAAUAUGAAGGGCAAUUUGAAUAGUAAAGCUGACAAUUACAAUCAUUGUUAUCAUUUAAAUUUGAAUAGUUUUUAUAUAAAUGUCUUAGUAUUAAUCGGUUUUAUAAAACGGGGUUAGUCCAGAUAGACAGAUGGGUCGAUUUUUUGUUGCGGAGUGGGCCUUCUUAUUUUGUGGGAAAUGGGUCGACUUGUCGCUGUCUCUUACACAUGCAAUCAAACCAAAAUGACGCCUACAAAUCAAUAUUUAACUGGGUCAUUUAAAAAUUACAUAAUGCUAUACUUACUAACCAAUAUCGACCUAACUGGGGGUAAUAAUUGGUUUUCUAAUGCUGAGUGGGACGAUUUUUUGAUGCCCCCUCCACCUGGGAAAAUAUGUUUGUGCACCCCUGUAAAAGACACAUGUAAUUUCAGUGAUAUAUAUACUCAGCCAAAUUAAAAACUUGACACUCGGGAUUUUUGGGACUAGAUUUUUAAUAUUUGGUUUAAGGCAACUAUUUUAGUGUUAGGUUGUGCACAGACGACCUUGACAUCAACAGAAAGCAAGAAUACGUCUCGCCGAAAGUCCUUGACAUUGAUAACGUUCGUGAUGUCACAGUACCCCCCAAAAUGAAAUUCACAGACUUGGAGAACAAUCGGAAUAAAGUGUUUAGUAACGGUUGUCGCCUCCUCUAGCGUCUCGUACUGCCACACAACGUCUUCUCAUGGAUCUCAGAACAUUAGUAAACACUACCCGAGGAAGACGUCGCCACUGCUCAGCAAGAGUAUGUUGAAAGUCCUACAACGUCAGUGGUGGAUUCACUUGCUGACGAACACGUCGACCCAGUUCGUCCCAGAUGUGUUCAGUAGGAUUAAGGUCGGGGCUAAGCGACGGCCAAUCCAGGACUUGGACACCGGCAUUUCUUAAAAAAAAAAUCUUGGUAGCAAUUGCUGUAUGGGGUCGAGCAUUGUCUUGUUGAAACGUUAGUCCAGGCCCAUGUCUCUGCAUAAACGGAAGAAGAACAGGUUGCAAAAUCUGAUCCCUGUACUGGACAGCAUUUAAGUUCCCUUGGACAACAACAAGAGGAGAACGUCCAUGUGCACAAAAAGAACCCCAAACCAUGACGCUGCCGCCACCAAAUCGGUCAACUUCUCUGACGCAUACUUGAGCGUAACGUUCACCUCGUUUGCGGUACACUCGGACCCUGCCAUCAGCAAAUCUCAAAGUGAAUCGAGAUUCGUCACUAAAGACAACCGAAUUCCACUGUCUUUGAGUAAAUCUUAUGUGUCUUGUGGCCCACACAAGUCGGUUACGGCGAUGAAGAGGUGUCAAUAUUGGUCCAUUAUAGGGCCUCCGAGCUCGAAGACCAGCAGCCUGCAAGCGAUUUCGAACAGUUUGUGCAAUUACCCUUCCACCAAACAUCUCUCUACUUGUGGAGGUUGCAGUGACAAAUCUGUUUCUAAGAUGACGUAAUCGUAUUGCUUGAUCUUCCUGGAGUGACUCACACGUGGCGCUCCCGUCCUUGGGCGGUCGGCAAUAGUUCCAGUUUGAAGCACUCUCAUUCUAAGAUUAAUUAUUGUCUGGCGUGAACAAUUAAAGGCUCUUGCAACAGUGACCACAGACUGACUAGCAUAGAGCCUACUUAUAGCACGUAGACGUUCUACAUUUGAAAAGCGCGGCAUUUUCUAACAAAGAUGAAAAUAACAAUUUUAAUUUGUUUUUCCAUUUCAAGUUACGUGAGCGUGUUCGGUUUAGGCAAACUUGCAUCGAUUGACCUCACGAGUUUGUGUUUGCACGUGUUAUUCAGGUUUUUCAUUUUUAUAUGCUCAAAAGUCAUGUGAUCCACGUGACUUUACAAUUUUAUGAAAUUAAAGGCUUCUUACUACUUACUAUCGUUAGAAACAUUUUAAAAUUUAUUUGACUUACCAGAAAAAAAAAUUUGUUGAAAUUCAUCAGUGUCAAGUUUUUAAUUUGGCUGUGUAUAUUUACGAAUAUUUUGAUCUUUUAUAUGGCAGCGGAUCAACUAUUUGUAACGUUAGUGCAAAUUACCACAAGAAACCCAAAUCCAGCCUUUGAAUUACAAAUGUAGGCCUACCACAGUCAAUGAAAAUUGAUAUAACGUGCUCGUUCAGGCCAAGUCCUGCCAUGUAUCCAUUAACCCAUAAAUUAACAAUGUGUCUCUCUGUCGGGUGUUUUUUAAAUUUUUUUUAUCUUGUCUUCAGGGGGAAUAUGCAGACAUGGUUCUCUUCCUUUUUAACAUUCUUGGCUUCUCCCCGGUUGACAGUAUACCGAUGGGCGUUUAUUCGGUAUGAGUGCCCACAUUAAACCACAUUUUCAAGCAAUAUUGCUUAAUAUUGUCACACUUAAAGGAGCUAAAUCGCUAACAUUUGGGACCUAGAAAUUGACAAAAGUGGGUCGCAACGCAUACAAUACUGUAAUAUGAAUGUAUAUAAACUGAUUAACAUUCAAUGGUUUCGUUUUUAUUCCAAUUUCAAA